UCUUGGAAGCCCAUCCCCGCGUAAAGACCCCCGGCACACUUCUGCUGCAGCGCCACGGACCCUACCCGCAACUUCUGCGUCAUUUAGUGACUAAUAAAGGGGGAUUUUUAGGAGUUUUAUUUCUUGAUUACGCACACGGGAUCCUCUUUUUAAAAGUUUAUCCAGAGAAAGGGCUUUUUCCACAAGGAUGGCCAACUCCGGGAUCCAGCUGCUGGGCUUUUUCCUGUCUUUAAUUGGCAUCGUGGGGCUCAUCAUCGGGACUAUUCUGCCGCAGUGGAAGAUGUCCGCGUACAUCGGGGACAACAUCAUCACAGCGGUGGCCAUGUACCAGGGACUGUGGAUGUCCUGCGCCUUCCAGAGCACCGGGCAGCUCCAGUGUAAAAUCUACGACUCCAUCCUGCAGCUCGACAGUUCUCUCCAGGCCACUCGAGCCUUGAUGAUAGUCGGAAUCAUCGUUUCCAUCGCGGGUCUGGGCGUGGCCUGCAUGGGGAUGAAGUGCACCACCUGUGCAGGAAGCGACAAACUGCGCAAGUCUCGCAUCGCCAUGACAGGAGGCAUCAUCCUGCUGGUGGGAGGGCUGUGUGCCAUCGUAGCCUGCUCCUGGUUCGCUCACAACGUCAUCCGGGCUUUCUACAACCCCUACACUCCCGUCAACACCAAGUUUGAGUUCGGAGCCGCUAUCUUCAUCGCAUGGGGCGGCUCCCUCCUAGAUGUCCUGGGCGGCGCCAUGUUAGCCGCCUCCUGUCCGAGGAAGAAGCAGGUGUCCAAGUAUCCAUCCAUGGCCAGCUCCCGCUCCGGGCCUCCAAGCAGCACUAAGGAAUAUGUCUGAGACUCCAAAAGCAGCUGAGGAAGAAGUCAUUGCAGCAUCAGCGAGGAGUAAAACCGAAGAUGUAUGGGCAGUUCUGAACCAUAGACACGGAGAACUGGAUUUUCUCUACUUUUUUGUCCAGGCAGGCCUUUGAUGACCCCUUGAUUAUCAUGCAGCACUCAAUUGUUUCAUGAGGGAUGUCUCUCACCCCGUCCACACAUUCCACAAUUGUUUACAAGUGGCCUUCACAAAUACAUUAUAAUUGGAUCCCCUGACUUAAUAGACAGGCCCUCAGGGUGUAACCUCUUGAAUUGUAGCCUAAAUGGUGGAUUAAAGCCAACACUUGCACGCCCGUGUCAGAACCAGCGUUUAUUAGCAUUUGCCAUGUAAUUGAAUGUAAUCAAUUGUAGUUUGCAGACCACAGCUCAGGCACUGUGUCCCAGACAGACACAGGGUGACGAUGCAUAUUUAAUAUUAAGUGUUGGUACUAAAAUAGACGUUACGAUGAGCAGGGUGUGACUUCACACACAGGGCUCAGUGUGUAGGGUGAGGGUACCACACAGGCCUUUUACUACAACACUCACUACAGGCCCUGCAGCUCUUCAUACCAGACUGUUACAAACCCUGCUCAGAUAUGAAAUAUUUGGUCAUGCAGUCACUGCGCCAUCAUCAUCCGUCCAUCGGCUUCCAUAUCAGCUAUUUUCAUAAUAAAACUGCCUCUAUUUAUUCUGCCAAGCGUAGGUUUUCUGCUCCUGUGUAGAGCUGCAUUAUCGGUAGUCCGCUGAAGCCCUUUUGUAGCUUUCAGAGUCAUAUUUUUAUUAAGAUGUUUAAUGUCUCCAGUUUUUUUUUUAGAUAGUUUUAUACACUUGGCUCUUCCUGCAGAUAAUGGGAAAUUGUUGUACGAAUAUUUUUAACAUGUCCAACAGUACUUAAAUAAUAAAAAUAUUGCAACUUU